GGGUCCGGGCAGGCCCGGUAGCCUCGGGCGGCCUGAGCUGCGGGGAGGCGCCCGGAGCUCGCCCUGCCCCUGGGAGGCGCCUGGUGCUGCCCGCCUACCUGCAAGGCCCGGGCCCCGCCUGGUCGCAAAGACCGGCGCUGCGGGGACGUGGGCGGCAGAUGUGAUGGCACCAAGAAGAAAAGAGAAAUACAAACUUCCGGUUCCACUCCCAGAAGGCAAAGUUCUGGAUGAUAUGGACGGAAACCAGUGGACACUGGGCAAGAUGAUUGGCUCUGGAGGGUUUGGACUGAUAUACUUAGCUUUCUCUACAAAUAAACCAAACAAAGAUGCAAGACAUGUAAUAAAAGUGGAAUAUCAAGAGAAUGGCCCAUUAUUUUCAGAACUUAAAUUUUAUCAGAGAGCUGCAAAAAGAGAAUAUAUUAAAAAGUGGAUAGAACAGAGAAAACUUGAUUACUUAGGAGUUCCUAUAUUUUACGGAUUUGGUCUGACCAAUUUCAAAGGAAGAAGUUACAGAUUCAUGGUAAUGGAAAGACUGGGAAUAGAUUUACAGCAGAAGCUUUCAGACCAGAAGGGUACUUUUCAAAAGUCAACUGUCCUGCAACUUGGAAUCAGGGUGCUGGACAUACUGGAAUACAUACAUGAAAAUGAAUACGUUCACGGUGAUAUAAAAGCGGCAAAUCUACUGUUGGGUUACACAAACCCAGAUCGGGUUUACCUUGCAGACUACGGACUUUGCUACAGAUACUGUCCCAAUGGAAACCACAAACAGUAUCAGGAAAAUCCCAGGAAGGGCCAUAAUGGAACAAUAGAAUUUACAAGUUUGGAUGCCCACAAAGGAGUAGCCCCUUCCAGAAGAAGCGACGUUGAGAUCCUUGGUUAUUGCAUGCUGCGCUGGCUAUGUGGGAAGCUGCCUUGGGACGCAAACCUGGAGGACCCCUUGGCCGUUCAGACUGCUAAGACCAAUCUGCUGGAUGAGCUCCCGCAGUCGGUGCUUUCGUGGGCUUCUGGAAGUAGCUGCUGUGAGCUCGCUCAGUUCUUGGUGUGUGUCCAUAAUUUAGCUUAUGAGGAAAAGCCAGACUAUCAGAAGCUCAAGAAAAUUCUAAAUCCCAAUGGGGUACCUUUAGGACUACUGGAAUUUUCCAGUAAAGCACAGAGUGUCCAUGUCUGUACUCCAACCCUUCCAAAAGCUGUCUCUCACUCCCGUCCUGUGGAUCCCUCGCUCCUGCCCUGUGGAUCCUAACUUCUGCCCUGUGGAUCCCUAACUUCUGCCCUGUGGAUCCUAACUUCUGCCCUGUGGAUCCUAACUUCUGCCCUGUGGAUCCCUCGCUCCUGCCCUGUGGAUCCUAACUUCUACCCUGUGGAUCCCUAACUUCUGCCCUGUGGAUCCUAACUUCUGCCCUGUGGAUCCUAACUUCUGCCCUGUGGAUCCCUCGCUCCUGCCCUGUGGAUCCUAACUUCUGCCCUGUGGAUCCCUAACUUCUGCCCUGUGGAUCCUAACUUCUGCCCUGUGGAUCCCUAACUUCUGCCCUGUGGUUCUCUCACUACAGUUUUAUGGAUCUCACUCCUGCUCUGUGUCUUUGCAUCCCAGUUUCAUCAUGAUACAGAGCUAGAUAAUAUUCUUAGACAUUAUUACUAUAUAUCUGUUGAUAUUUCGGCUUAUAGAAGGAAUUAUUUUCUUAAUGAAGUUGUUAUUGUAUUUGUUAUCUCAUUUAUUGUUUUUCUUUGAAUGGAUGCCCUCACAUCAACUUUAAAAAAUUAACUUAAAGGAGUAUAAAGUCAAAGGAUUUUGAGGAGAGAAUGGUAGAAACUGAGUCUGUGAUGAGCUACACUGUUACUCAGACAAGGAAACGACCCUUUCUCACUUGAGGCUAUCCACAUUAAACAAGUAAAUAAUAAAUGUGUGUGUGUGUGUAUGUGGAGGGCAUUCUGGUGGAGGUACAAGUUAAGGUUAGAAUGCCAUUUAUAUUAGUAUUUCUUCUGAACUUUGGAACAUCACAAGUGCUUGUGAGCCAAGAAUGCAGGAUGCAGCUAAUGUGGCUGAUGGGCUGCUAGAUGAAUGGUGAGUCAAGUCUCAGUGCACAGAUGGUUCUGAUUUGCUGAAUUUUGUAGCUGCUGCAACCGAAGACAUAAAAUAUCCUUCUACUCAUAAAUUAGCUCUUUGGAAGCAAAACCUUGGCACCAGAGCUUUACAACCUUCAAUUAGUAGGAAAAGAAGUAUCUGAGUGACUGUGGUAUUGACAUCUGUAGGCCUGCAUAGUAAUCAUUCCUAAUAGAAGAGAAUAUCUGUUUGAGGAGGGUUUGCAUGGCUAAUUAACUACCAGUGAGAAUCUGUAAUUUUUUCAUGAUCCCCUGAUUGUCACCUUUCUCUCGUGGUACAAUUACAUUUUAUUGUAGCAAGUGCCUCACAAACCAAUUGUCAGCACUGUUUACAUAUUGCAGAAGGCAGAACGAAAGUUCAUGUUUAAUGAAAAGCCACUGGAUUUUGACCUUGGUAAUUAUGGAGACUUCUUUUAACAGUUUUAUUGACUUUUGUAUUUUUAUCACUUUUCCAACAAAACAAAGAACCAUUUCCUUGACAGUGUCCCCUUACAGUGAUGGUCAGCACUUACUCUGUACCAGUUUAAGAAGAUUUUCAUCCUUUUUUGUAGUUUUCACUUUCAUAAGCUUCACUGAAAUAUAAGUCAUUUUAAAACAAUACCAUAUCCUUUGCCAUAGUAUUCUAAUCGUUAUACUCCACAAUAUACAGUAAAGUCAAAGAGUAUUUGUUGUUGAACCAAUUUUUAAGCAGAGAAUAAGAAUAAUACAUUAUAGAACAUUUUCCAAUGAGCUUUCAUGAAAAAUAUUUUAUUCCGUUUUUAUUAGAGCGCUUUAGUUAUAAGUAACACUAUUUAAAAAUAACAUAUAAUUUUAAUACCUUAAUUUCUGUUAACAGUGUGAUCAGCCUGAAUAUGCAGCUAGUAAGACAUAUUUCAUAGCAUAUCAGCAUUUAAUUAACGACUUAAUUUUUUCUACUAUUUUAUGUGCACAUAUGUAUUUAAAUAUGUCAAAAAUAUAGUUUCACUAUCUGUGGGUAAAUUGCAUGUUGAUUUUAAUUUCUACAGUUUACAGGUCUUUAUUAAUGCUGUAAGAGUCAAACCUGAAAAUGUUGAACUAUAUGGACAUUACCAUCCUGUCCUCAGUUGGGCUGAGUGAUGCACAGGAAGGUGUCUUCAGCUGAUGGCUCCCUAACAGAAUUAUUUGAAUCAAAGACUGUGGACCGGGGGUGGGGAAAAAAAAGACUGUGGACCUGGGGGGCUACAAAUUUUCUCUUUCAAGUCGAAGCAUCUUUUCACUCACUCAGAGUACACCUUGUCACUGUGCAUGUGCUCUACUGUAGCUACUGGUAGAUUAGUAAAAGAAUUACUAUUUCUUCAACUUUUUUGGACAGGUAUUUAAAAAUAAGUCAUUGUGACUGAAAAGAAAGCAUGCAUAUACAAAUAAACUUUUUUUUUACCAUUCAUUAGUCAAAAGGAAGGAAUUUAUGUAUGUUAAAUUUUUCAGUGUAUUAUUUCUUUGUAAGAUGAAAUUUUUAGAUUUUAGGAUUCUUAACAAAAUGCUUUUGAAUUAGAAACAAGCACACUUCUGAAUGAACUUACAGCAUGCUCUUGCAAAGUGAAGAGAUAUUUUACUUACAGAUGUUUGGAUGUGGUGGACCAUUUACAGUAAACUCUGGGUUUCCUCCAGAGCAAAACUGGAAAUGAAUUUUAGCCAGUAUAGCAAAGAUGCUGUUGUUCUGGGUCUUUUAUUUUUUUUGCUUUUGUCUGCAAAAGCAAACCUUUAUUUGAAAGGCCAUCCAGCAGUCCUGGAGGUGACUGCCUUCACCAGGAGGGUCCCAAGGUUCGUCAUCCUGGCCUCACAGCUGCUUAUGCUACCCACUGAAGCAUUUGGAUUUGCUCGUUUGUUUUGUUUCAUAUUGUUUUGUGUUAUGUUUGGAUGAAAGUCUGCUUAGCAGGCAUGCCAUCAUUCAGCCACAUCACCAGUCACCCUCUGCCACUUACUCUUUCAAACCCAGUGAAUCUCACCAGUGCCGGCUGAUGUCAGCUGCAGUGAAUGAAAGGGCAUCUCACCAGUGCCGGCUGAGGUCAGCUGCAGCUCCUGGGUUCCCAGAGGAUAAAGUCAGUGGGAGAAAUGUACCGUUCGGCCCCUUCUCUUCUCCAGCUGUGGCCCUGUUUGAGGAGCAGGAAUUCAGAGGAGCUGCCCAUUUCAAGGCAGCAGAAAAGCCAUGAGUCAGGACAGAAGUCUGAGUUUCCUUCACUACACACAGUAAAAUGUGGUUCCUUUCUCAGUCUCAAUCCAAAGUCCGGCAAGUCAAAGGGCAAUGUGUGUUGCGGGGGUACAAAUUUUCAAGGAGAAGCUUUAAUUCUUAAAAUAAUUCUAUGAGCUUGUCUUCCUGUGUGUUUUCUAUAUGAGAGGAAUGGAACACAAAUCCCUGGUAGAAGACUUUUUCCUUUUCAAUGUUCAGGAGUAUAAAGUGUUCUGGUUUCAUACUAUAGUGUGAGGUUACAUUGGAAAAUUAAGUCAAAUAUUAUCUUGUUUAAGUAGUGAGUUUUCUUGAAAAUGAUACAUAUUUUGGUAGUGUCCCUUUUGAUACACAGAGAUGCCAGGAGUGUUUUCUGUAUUUAUUUUCUUAUCUUUUUUAAAUAUGAAUGUUUCACUCUGUUAAAAAAUUAAGAAUUUCUUUAUCCCAUUUUCCUCAGCAUUGUAAGUUUGUGUGGGAACUUUACUUAUCAGAUAGAAGCAUUCAUGGCCUUGCAGCAUAAGCCUCAGGCCACCAUGUCUUCCAGGGAACCUCAGACAGAAUAUACUAUGCCCAAACCUGUUCAGUAUGUCAGAGGCUCCCAGGGGAAAUUGGUACCUUAAAUGCUUACUACAUAGGAGAGACUAAAAGUCCUUAAUUAUUGCAAUAAGAACAGUCUACAUAACCCCAUACCCCCAGUUCUGAAUGAAUAGUCAUGUCACAGACACCCAAGCAUCUCUGUUUUAGAGUUACUUGUAGUAGGGAAACAAGUAUCCACCGGUGAAUGGAGGAAAAUAAUGGAAUGAGUAAGAAAAGUAUCCAGCUUUAAAAAAGAAACCCCUCUUGUCUUUAUGACCAAGUGAAGUAUGUCUAAUAGGUCAGGACAGACACUGCCUAGUUGUAACUCUUGUGUGGAAUCUAAUCCAAUAGGACAUUGGAGAGUAGAAUGGUGAACAUCAAAAGUUUGGAGUUGGGGAAAACAGGGGUAUGUUGGUUAAAGACUCAAACAUUUCAGUUAUAAGAUGAAUGAGUUAUAGGAAUCUAUUAUACAGCAUGACAAAAUGGAUGUCAUAUUCUCACUACAUACAGAUGUGAUAAAUGCAUGGACUUGAAUGUGGUAUUUCACAAUGUGAGAUGUCAAAACCUCACAGCAGACAACUUAAAUAUUCAUUUGUUGAUUGUAUCUCAAUAAAGAUGGAAGAAAAAAACCUUUAGCUAAUCCA